AUGGAUGCAGAGAAUCCCAGGAAGAGGGCCCGGCUUCACGCGACUUGCCCCGUCUGCCUCAAUUAUUUCAGUGGUCCCGUGACACUCCAGUGCGGGCACAGCUUCUGCGAAAUCUGCAUUCGAAGGUGCUUGGAGGAGGCUGCAAAGUGCCCCCAGUGCAGGGCGAAGGUUGACAGCGACUUCCACCCCAGCUAUGCCCUCUCCAGCCUCGUGGAAGUAGUCAGAGAUUGGGAAGUGUCCGCAGAGAGAGAGACGCUGGCCUGGGCGGCCGAAUGCGAGCGGCAUAAGCAGCCCCUGGACCUCUUCUGCAGGGAUGAUCACGCCCCCGUCUGCAUGGAGUGCCAAAGUUCCCAAGAGCACGUAGGUCACAGCGUGGUCCCUGUGGAGGAAGCCGCCCGAGAGUACAAGGAUGUGAUAGACCGGCACCUCAAAAUUUUGGGGACAGAGACACAAGAAAUUUCGGAAUAUGAAGCAGCCGCAAAAGAUAAAAUGGGACUCAUGCUGAAUGAACUAAUGUGGCAGAAGGAAAAGCGACAGAAUGACUUCAGGCAGCUACGCGACUUUCUGGACAGAGAAGAGAAUCUUGCCAUGAACAGGACGGAUGAGCUGCAGCUCGAGCUCAGACAGAAAGAGGAGAUGUUCAUGGCCACUUUCCGCAAGGCGCUUUCCUCCCGUGAAAGAAUCAUCCAGGAGUUGAAGGAGAAGCGUCAGCAGCCAGCCAGCGAACUGCUGCAGGAUAUAAGGAACACUUUCCAGAGGUAUGAGGAGAGAGAGAGCCAUAAGACUCUUGCAAUGUUCCCUCUGGACCUUGCCUAUAAGAUCUGGAAUACCUCUGACUUAGUCCACUUUCUGGGGGGCACAAUGAAGCAAUUCACAGACACUGUGAAAUGUGACUUUCCACUGCAGGAAGCCGAUGUGACUCUGGAUCCAGACACUGCUCAUUGCAAACUCGUUCUGUCUGAGGAUCUCCAGACGGUGAGAUGGAGCAAUGAAAGCCAAGAGGUGCCCGACAAGCCGGAGCGAUUUGACAACCUUGUUGUUGUGCUGGGGCAUCAGCAAUUCACAGCAGGCAGGCACACCUGGGUAGUCACCCUGGCAGAUAAGGGGCUAUAUGCUGUGGGCGUUGCCAGAAAGUCUGUGCCGCGAAAGGGCUGUCUCAAUCUGGUUCCUGAGAAUGGGAUCUGGGCUAUUGAGAAGUCCGGGAAGCAGUACAGUGCACUCGGCCGGCAUCCCAUUGCUAUGACUGAGGAACCCAAGCGGAUCCAAGUGGUUCUGAACUAUCCAGGGCAAAGGGUGGCUUUUUAUGAUGCUGAAAGAGGACGCCCGAUCUAUGCCUUCUCCAAUGUUUCGUUCUUUGGAGAGGCCCUCGUCCCAUUCUGCCUCCUGGGGGAGAAAGCUUGCCUGACACUUUCUCCCGAAUGCCCAGUUUAG